CCCCUCGCGCCCCGGCUCCGCCUCGCCUCGCCAUGGUGGAGCAGGGAGACGCGGCGCCGCUGCUGCGCUGGGCCGAGGGCCCCGCGGUCUCUGUGCCGCAGGACCCCGCGCUGCAAGCUGGAGGAUGGGUCCGGGGCGGCAGUGGGGACGGCCGAGUGGCCGCGGAGGCGCCCCGAAGGCGGGAACCCGACGAGCCAGCUCCCCCCGAAGUGCUGCUGCAGCCGGGGCGCCUAGAGCUAGGCGACGUAGAGGAGGACCAGGUGGUGGCCGUGUUCGUGGUCACCUUCGAUCCUCGCUCCGGAAACAUGGUAGAAUGGUGCUUACCUCAAGAUAUUGACCUUGAAGGUGUUGAGUUCAAGUCUAUGGCCAGCGGGUCCCAUAAAGUUCAGUCUGAUUUCAUCUAUUUUCGGAAGGGUCCCUUCUUUGGCCUGGCCUGCUUUGCCAACAUGCCUGUGGAGAGCGAGCUGGAGCGAGGUGCUCGGAUGAAGUCUGUGGGCAUCCUCUCUCCGUCCUACACCCUACUCUACCGCUACAUGCACUUUUUGGAGAACCAGGUUCGACACCAGCUGGAGAUGCCGGGACAUUACUCUCAUCUGGCUGCAUUCUAUGAAGACAAGAAAGGCGUGCUCCACGCUGGCCCCGGGAGGGGUGGCAGCUUGCCACCUGUCUACUGGUUGCCUUCCAUUCACCGCUAUAUGUAUCCUGAGAUGAAGAUCACACACCCUGCUGGCUGUAUGUCUCAGUUUAUUAAGUUCUUUGGAGAACAGAUCCUCAUUCUUUGGAAGUUCGCCUUACUUCGAAAGCGCAUUCUGAUAUUUUCUCCCCCACCUGUGGGUGUCGUGUGCUAUAGAGUGUACUGUUGCUGUUGUCUGGCCAAUGUGUCCCUGCCUGGCAUUGGGGGCACCAUCCCUGAGUCCAAGCCUUUCUUCUAUGUGAACGUGGCUGACAUUGAGAGCCUGGAAGUUGAGGUGUCCUAUGUAGCCUGUACCACAGAGAAGAUAUUUGAAGAGAAGCGUGAGCUGUACGAUGUGUACGUGGACAACCAGAAUGUAAAGACACACCAUGACCACCUGCAACCCCUGCUGAAGAUCAACAGUGCAGACAGGGAGAAGUACCGUCGGCUCAAUGAGCAGAGGCAGAUGCUGUUGUACUCCCAGGAAGUUGAAGGAGACUACAGCCCUUGUGAAGAGGACCUCUUUGUGCUGUUUUUCCUAGAGCAGAACAACCGGAUUUUUCAGACUCUGUUGGAGGUGUCAGCCAGCCAAGAUAAAACUCUAACAGCGGAGCAUGCCCGAGGCAUGGGACUGGAUCCCCAGGGAGACAGGAGCUUUCUCAUGGACCUGCUGGAGGCCUACGGCAUCGACGUCAUGCUGGUCAUUGACAACCCCUGUUGUCCUUAGGAAGCAUGAUAGGACUGGUGGUGAGACACUCACUUGUGUGGGGUGACAGGAGCCUGGAGUGCACCCCAGGCCCUCAGCAGCUUCAGUUUUAAUUAAGUUGACACAAAGGACUGUUUAUACUUUCCAACACAUGAAAUUUUUGCCAUUUUCUUUCUGUGCUUCAGCCCCGGGGCUGGGGUGAGGCUGCCUGGGCUUGCAGCCUCUGGUUGGACAUGGGAAUCUACUGUCUUCCACUGCUGCUUCUUUGGGUUUAGUCUUAGGAGUUCUGUGAGUCAGAGUCAAACUCUGGGAUGAACUGUUCAGAAAACCUGUAUGUCUUCGUUUGCCUUUGUUGCAUAUGAAAAUAAGAUAGCUAUGUGUCCCCGUAUGGCCUUAGGUGUUCAUCUGCUUAAAGACAGAAACUAAUUAGAUGACCUUUCCACCAAGUUCAAGGAGUCAAGUUAGGAUCACCUAGUUGUGAGAGGGCAAGUCUGAACCUUCUCUGUUCGAUGGCGUAGAGGGACCACCACGAAGGAGGAAAAAAAAUAGAAUGGCAGGGAAAGAAUUCUUGAAAUCCUUCCUAAAGUAAGCUAUGAGUUAUAGCAUCCACCCUCCCCACUGCACCCCAGUCCUCUUGGUCAGUGCUGAAGGGUGGUGCUGGCCC